AUGUUUGGCUACUGUGACCAGAAGAACAAGAUGCCUAUCAUCAGCUCUCCCAAUACCAAUCCACUGGCUAGUAUGCAGAGCAAGAACAUGAUUGUCGCUCCCUCUCAUCAGCAGCAGCAACAACAACAGCCACCGCAACUUAAGUGCCCUCGUUGCGAUUCAUCAAACACAAAGUUUUGUUACUACAACAACUACAGCCUCUCUCAGCCUCGGUACUUUUGCAAGGCUUGCAAGAGGUAUUGGACACGAGGUGGGACCCUCCGGAACGUUCCUGUAGGCGGUAGCUACCGGAAGAACAAACGUGUGAAGCGACCAGCAACCACAACCGCUGUCUCCACGGCCUCCAUGAUGACUUCUUCAUCCCCUAAUAACCCUCAUGACCAUCAGAUAUCCCAAUUCUCAUCCAUGAAUCAUCAUCCUUUGUUUUAUGGUUCAUCAGAUCAAGUGAGUGGUUGUAAUAACCUUCCAAUGAUUCCUAGCCGUUUCAGCAGUGAUUCUUCAAAGACUUCUUCAUCAAAUGGUUUAGAGAGUGAGUUUCUCUCAUCAUAUGGUCUUAACGCUGUUGGAUUAGGGCUUCCACACAAUAUGAGUCAUGACCAAACCAUUAAUGGUAGCUUCAUCAACAACUCUACAACAAACAAACCAUUUCUUCUCUCGGGUCUAUUCGGGUCCUCGGUCUCUUCAUCUUCCUCUACUCUUCUCCAGCAUCCACACAAGCCUAUUACCAAUGUUAGUGAGAUGAUGGGACAGUCCCAUCUCCAAACCCUAGCAUCAUUUCAACAUGUUGGAGGUAACACUGAAGAUAUGAACAAAGAAGGGAAGCUUGAUCAGAUCUCUGGGAACAUUAAUGGGUUCAUGUCAUCAUCAUCAUCUUUAGAUCCUUCAAGCUACAACAACAUGUGGAACAAUGCAAGUGUUGGCAAUGGAGCGUGUCUUGAUCCGACAAAUAAUGACGUUGGAUCCCCACUUACCUCCUUGAUGUAAACCAGAAAUUUAUUGGUUGUAGGAUCUAUAAUUAGUUAGGGUUUCACAUCUUCAUCAUUUUUUUUUUCUUUCUGUUUUGAGAUGAGAGAAGAAGUUUGGAUCAGAGAGAUAAUUUCAGUGGCAAUGUUGAUCUUAGCCUCUAUAAAGCUCCCUCGGAUCCUAUUCAUCUCACCAUCUCCAUCAUCUUCCUUCGCGUUUCUCAAGAAAACAUAAGGGGCUCAAAAUUGGUUCAAGUUUUACUAUGUUCGAAGGUAAAUUUCUAGUGUAUGUACACGUACUAUGGUCUUGAAUUCAUCAUCUUUUUCCAUAUGUAAUUCUAAGUUCCACCACAUGGACUGAUGUUUUUUUUCAUUGGGGUUGGGAGGGUAUAUUUGAGUUUUUAAGUUUUAUAUCUUUUUAGUGUCCCAUUUCUUCUUUGGUGAGGCUUUCGUCAUUGGGUAUACAAACAGAAGGAUGGGUGUGGUUUUGUGUUGUUAUUGAAAGACUAUGUUAUAACUUUGGUUAUUCAUGUAUGAGUUAUGUUAUUAAGGUUC